AUGGCGGACCCCAACAAUGACCCCAAGCCCUGGUACAAGAAAAUGGACCUGAUCCAGCGCGGCGACCGCUCACCCACGCCCUGGGGCACCCUGACCUUCGUCGGCCUGCGCCUCGCCGACAUCCCUCUGCAGCACGCGCUCCUCGCGCCCGCGGCCGGCAGCCUCGGCACGUCGCUGCUCGCCCGCGCGGGCGUGGCGACCGUCCUACCCGCGGCUGUCCUCAACACGGGCAUCCCGUUUCUCGACUCCCUCGGCUCCCCGACCGGCGCCCUCCUGCUCCUCUUCGCCUGCGGCUCCGCCGCCAAGCAGAUCUACUGGCAGACCGUGCUCUCGUACGAGUCCUUCCCCGCCCGCGCCGCCCUCGCCGUCGCCCUCUACAACACCCUCAUGAACGGCGCCAACGCCCUGCUCUUCCGCGCCGCGCCCACCUCCGCGCUCUUCUCCCGCCCCCAGGUCCCGCUGUCCCUGCCCUUCUUCUCGUUCCCCGUCCAUAUCCCCCUCACCACAAUCGUCGGCCUCGGCAUGUACGUCUCCGGGCUCGCGCUCGAGACCGUCUCGGAGGCGCAGCGCAAGGCCUUCAAGGACCGCCCCGAGAACAGGGGCAAGGUCUGCAAGGUCGGCGUCUGGCGCUGGGCCCGCCACGUCAAUUACCUCGGGUACUCCCUCUGGCGCGGCGGGUACACCAUGGUCGCCGCCGGCUGGGUCGCCGGGCUCGCGGUUACGUUCGCCCAGAUGUGGGACCUGGGUCACCGCGCCGCCGGCGUGCUGGACGACUACUGCUCCGAGAAGUACAAGGAGCAGUGGGCGCAGUUCAAGCGCGAGGUCCCGUAUAAGAUCCUCCCGGGGAUUUAUUAG